CCCGCCCCUUCUCCUGGUUGUGGGGAAGCCGGGACUAGAAGCGCUACGCAGCCCGGAGUCUCCUUAGGACUCCGGCUGGUCUAGGAGGUCCAGGGGAGUACGGGUGGCUCGGAGGCUGGACCGCAGCUGGAGCUGAAUAAUUUCCAAAAUGGCACCAAAUUCUAAAGGAAAUGAUUGCAAUCAAAGCUCUCAGGAUGCUUUGUUGCCAGAUCUUCCUAAAGGACCAUUGUGUAUGUAUAGAGCUAAAUCAUCCUUCAAUUGGAAGGAAAUGUUGUUAUUCUUAGAUGGGGAAGAUAUGAUCAUUUUCAAGAAAAGAAUCUUCUCAGCCUUUGAAAAUGAUCCCCUCUUUUCUCAUCACCCUGGAGAAGAAUUGCCUAUUGAGAAGUAUCGUGAGCUAAACUUUCUGCGCUGUAAAAGACUUUUUGAAUAUGACUUUCUUAAUAUACAAGAGAUGAUGAAGAAUCCACUGAAAAUUUUUAUUCUGAUUAACUGCCUAGGAAUGUAUGAUUGGUCCUUGUCUGCCAAGUACUUAUUAAAUACAUAUGUUUUUGCUUCUGCUAUUCAGAAUUCUGGAUCUCAAAGACAUAUGCAUUUUAUUCAGAAAACCUUAAAUAUGGAGAUUUUUGGAUGUUUUGCUCUGACUGAAGUAAGUCAUGGGAGUAAUACCAAGGCUAUUAGAACAACCGCCCAGUAUGAUCCCACCACUCAGGAGUUCAUCAUCAAUUCUCCUGAUUUUGAAGCUUCCAAAUUUUGGAUUGGUAACAUGGGAAAGAAUGCCACUCAUGCAGUUGUAUAUGCUCAGUUAUAUACCUCAGGAGGCCAGUGCCAUGGACUGCAUUCCUUUGUUGUACAGAUACGAGAUCCAAAGACACUUCUUCCAAUGCCAGGAAUCAUGGUUGGUGACAUAGGAAAGAAACUCGGACAGAAUGGUUUGGACAAUGGAUUCACCAUGUUUCAUAAUGUUAGAAUUCCCCGGGAAAACCUGUUAAACCGAACAGGUGACGUCAGCCCAGAGGGAGUCUACAACACUUCCUUUAAGGAUGUUCGACAACGUUUUGGUGCUUCACUGGGUGCUCUGUCUACUGGUAGAGUUUGCAUUAUAGGAAUGUCUGUGGUGAAUUUGAAACUGGCACUAUCAAUAGCAAUUCGUUUCUCAGCAACUCGCCGUCAGUUUGGACCAAGUGAUGACAAGGAAAUUCCAGUCCUUGAAUAUCAAAUGCAGCAAUGGCGCCUGAUUCCUUACUUGGCAGCGACAUAUGCCUUAGACCAUUUCUCAAAAACUUUGUUCAUGGACUUGGUAGAACUUCAGCUAGGCCUGUUACAAAAUGAUAAAAGUAUCAGGCAGGCUGAACUUGGACGUGAAAUUCAUGCAUUGGCAUCUGCUGGCAAACCUCUAGCAUCCUGGACUGCCCAGCAAGGAGCUCAGGAAUGUCGAGAAGCUUGUGGAGGACAUGGCUAUUUGGCCAUGAAUCGUUUGGGUGAUAUAAGAAACGACAAUGAUCCGAACUGUACCUAUGAAGGAGACAACAAUGUCCUGCUUCAGCAGACCAGCAACUAUUUACUGAACUACAUUACAGACAGACAUCAAGAUAAAACUCGUAUCGAAAGUCCCCUGGAAUCUGUAAAUUUUCUUGAAGAUUUUAAAGAUAUUCUCAGCCAGAAAUUUAUGAUAUCCCGAGUUGAAGAUUGCAUGGAUUCUUCAGUUUCUCUGGCAGCCUACAAGUGGUUGGUUUGUUAUCUGCUACGAGAGAGUUAUGAAAAAUUAAAUCAGGAAAGAAAAUCUGGAAGUGAUGAUUUUGAAGCAAGAAACAACUGCCAGGCGUACUACUGCCACUCCCUUGCACUUGUUUUCAUUGAGCACACAGUGUUACAGAGGUAUCACGAAUACACACACCAGGCCAGCACACCAGCUCCUCUUCAGCCCAUCCUGAAACGGCUCAGUGCUUUGUAUGGACUCUGGUCUCUAAGUCGGCACAUGGCGAUACUCUAUCAAGGUGGAUAUUUUUCUGGUGAACAAGCAGGCAAAAUGAUAAAGAAUGCUAUUUUGGACUUGUGUGCAAAGCUAAAAGAUGAUGCAGUUGCCCUGGUAGAUGUCAUCGCUCCUCCGGACUUCAUUCUGAACUCACCAAUUGGCAGGGCCGAUGGAGAGCUAUAUAAAAACCUCUGGACCACUGUCCUUCAGGGAAGCAAAGUCCUAGAGAGGCCAUCAUGGUGGACAGAAUUUUCUAUCUAUAAACCCACCAUAGGAAGUUUGAAAUCAAAACUCUAGGUGCAGCAUGAAUGCUAGGGUACCACUUGGACAUCCUUAAGCAUUUUCAUCAUUUCUAUCUACAAAGACCCUGGGCACAGAGGGCUAUCACUUGACAUCCCAUUUGACUACUUCCAGAAGACUUUGAA